AUAAUCAGCGACAAGUCCCAUUGUGAAGUUCAAGAUUGGCUGAUGACAUGCAUCCUGAUAGAUAACAGCGGUAGAAGCGGUGUUGUGGCGAACAUGACGACAGGCGAGUUCAAGGAAGCUGUGUUCUCAAAUGGGACAGACGAUGACCCAGCAAGAUACAGAGAGGAUGUUAAAGAUCAUAAGACAGCUGGGGUAUAUGGUGCAGCCGUUGUCUGGAUAUAUGAUAAUCUGUAUGUUUUGAUUGACAUGUACAUAAGAACAUUUAGGAGUCAGCUCAUUCCAACAGAUUCUGAAGUACAACAAGUAUUUAUCUCCAGCAAUGGCCUAUCACUUACGUCAUCCCAGGUUUCAUAUUCCGUAUUUAGAACAUUUCAAAGGGAAGGCGUUCAAGUUAAAGGAAGGAUCUGCGCAACCACAAUAAGAAAGUCUCUCGCCACGAGCAUGCAUACACACAUGCCCGGUCAGAAGGAUCAUUUGACUGCACUUGCCCAACACAAACCACAAACACAGGCCAAUUACUAUCGAGUUCACGACAAAGUCAGCCAAAUGGACUUGGGGAGACGGGCAGUAAAACACCUCGUCUCUCUGAAGACCAAGCAAGAUCUCCUGGAAGGAAAGAAAAAUGUGUGCACACCUGCCUCGUGGACUGACGAAGAAACUGAGGAAUUAAGAAAUUGUUCAAAACUGAACUAGAAACGGGGGCCAUUGAGGAGAGAGCAGUAAGAGAAAAGCUAACUGGAAUGAAAUUCUCCACGACCCAUUCAGUAAAGGCAGUCGUUAUUAAGCUUCGGCGGUUGAGAGAAGAGUUCAUGCAAAGCGUAGAUCUACCCACUGGGCAAUGUACGAGCCCAGAGAAGGUAAUGGAGUUCCUUGAAAGCUGUGACGCAAAUACUCCUGAAUCAUUGGCCGUUUCCAAUUCAGGUGAAUCCUCUCACGUUUGGCGAAAGUUUACAGACGAGCAGACCUGUUUUCUCCUUAGUUUAACAGAAGACAUGGUGGCAAAUAACACUGUGAAGAGAGAGAUUGUCUGGAAAAGAGUAGCAAGUGAUCCCAGGUCAGUGGCACUUGGUCUCAUUUCUGGCAAAGAAGACGAAGAGGAAGUUCUAAAAGCUAAACAGCGCUUAAAUGACAAA